UACAACUGUGAAGGCCUGAAGGGGUUUUCUUUCAGUUUUGCACUGCACUGCAAUAUGCAAUGCCACUCGGCAAUGGCGACGACUUCGUUUAACACUCGUUGCCCUUACUACUCACUUUCACUUUUCCUCCUCCCUUUGCUUAUGGAUAGCGAAGAUCAAAGAAUAACUCAAAUUCAAGGAAAUGAGAAUCAUGGAGUUCAUGUAUGUAACAAAUGUGGAUGGCCUUUUCCAAAUCCACACCCCAGUGCCAAACAUAGGCGUGCUCACAAGAAAAACUGUGGAACCAUUGAAGGUUACAAGCUUUUGGUCUCAGAGGGUCAAACCCUGAAUCCUUCAGACGAUGAACACUUCUCUGAUAAUGAUCACAAAACACAAGCUGCAGAAGAGAGUCCAUCAAUUUCCAAAUCAAGAAAUGAUAUUGUAGCACAAACUCCUAAAAUUUUGCAAAGUGAGAGGAAUGAUGAUUGUAACCUGCUGGAGUUACAAGAUUUGAAAACUGAUGAUUCUUUUGCUCUCACAAGUGACUCAACUACCUGCAGAUCUGAAGCCAUGUCUGAUGUGUUGCUGGACAAUAAGAUCUAUGUUGAUGGAACGAAGGAGACGACUUUGAAAGAAAAGGAUGAAAUCAAACCAGAUAGAGACACGUUUGAGAUUGUGGAAUCUUCCGACAGCACCAUAGGUAGAACAUUUGAGGGAGUGUCUGGAGCAGUUACUGAAGUGGUUAGCUUGAAAUCUCAAGUUACUGAUGGAACUUUUAUUCUGAAGAAAAAUAAUGGCUCUGGCUUCCCUUCUGUUAUGCCCCAAGAAGAUCUUUUUCUUGAAGCAUAUUCUGCUCAGAGCAUGAAUGAUUCCAUAGAUGGCAUACAGGUAGACUCAGAACAUAUGACAGAGCUUGCUACUUCUGGUGACAUCAUGAUAUCACGGGAAAGGGAAGAAGUAAAUGUUGAUAUGCUUACAUUUCCUUCAUGUGAUGAUAGACCUGAUGUGGCACACCCUCAGAUUGAGUAUGAAUGUCAUGAACCAGUGGUCUCUCAAAAUUCUGCAAGUCUACAUUUGUCUAAAGCAUUGGAACAAGGGCAUGAUGGCUUGAAGGAUUCUGUUACCGAGGAAAAUGAUUUUCUUAUCAACCAAGGCCAACUGAGCAAAAAAGGAGAUUGUCUCUCGCAAGAUAUGCAUUCAUUGAAUAGUAACAUGAAAAAGCAGGUGAACUGUGAGCUUAUGGCUGCAGAAAUGCAUUCUGAAGAGUGCAUUGAGGUUUUCAAUGGUGAAAGUAACAGAAGAUUACAUGAAACUGGAGCCUUUAUGAAUGAUAUGAAAACUGAGAAGAAUGGGAAUCAUGUGGUUCACUUUUCUGAAGAACAGGUAUCCAAUGAUGCUCAUAAAAAUUCACAACAGAUUGAUGUACCCAAAGGUAGUUUAAUGGCUGCAUCAGAUGAGAACGCCUGUGAUGCAUCCUUUGUAUCUGCAAGUAGUCAAACAACUGCUGUAAUUAUCAGAGACACAACUCAUCAUGACGGAAACAUAACCAGCAUAGCUGUAGAUGACGAAUGCAGAAGGGCUAAUAUUGAAAAUGAUACUGGAAUAUGCAUGAAUAUUCUUCAAUCUAGUAAUGUGCUUUCGGAGAUCAAUUCAUCAAGUAUAUGUAAUGAAUAUGGUGUUGAAAUGGGUAAAUUUGAGCAAUCUGAUAUAGUAGAUGCACAACAUGCUGAAAGUGGUAUUGUGAAAGAUGCUACAUUACCAGAUAUUUUUGAAUCUACAAUUCUUUCAGAGGUUGUAAUAGAUGGGCCUAAAGGGACACCUAAAGAUAUUGAAUGCUCAAAUAGAAGUCCAUUAUCAUGUACUCACGAAGAAAUCAAAGAAGAGGAAAUCAAUAGCAUAGACAGAUCAAAUGAAUACAGUAAUAUAGUUGCUAGUACUUCUGCUGCUUCUCAUCAAACACAAGACGAGGAACUAUUACUUAAGGCUACAGAAGGCAUUGAUUUAAUUGAAGAUUCCAAUAGAACUGGUAGAGACCAUUCUUUAAAUAUUGAGCCUUCUUAUCAAUGUGUUUCUCCUGUCGAAGAUACUCAAGAUGGACAGCAUGGCACGAAAGUUCCUGGAGUUGUUGCUGUCCCUAUUCAAGAUCAAAGAGAUCUCCCUGUGCAAUCUGAUGUACAAGCUACUAAUGAAGCGGAAGCUAUAGCAUCAACUGAUUUGUCGAUGUCAACAGAGACAGAAAAAUCCAACUUGAAGUACCCAGAGGCAUCUGAGGAACAGCAGUAUGAAAAAUCCGAAAUGUUUGAACCACCUUCUUUCAUGACAUUGGUCGAACCUGGACUCAUGCUUGGCCCAAAAUCUGCACCCGAGGUCGAGACAGAUCCGAACAAGCAGAAACCGGAUUCUAACUCUUCACAGGCUGCUUGGUUUCCCACUCUAACUCACAAUGCCAAUGAGUCUGAAGGGAGAAAGAGGAAUGAAGAAAUAAUAGCCAAGGUAACAAGAAAGCAGAACACACCUCUCAAGAGUCUUUUGGUUGAGGCUGCUCAUAACAGCAAAAAGUCAAAGUCGCCCAAAUCAGAAAAAGAUUCCGUGAAUCAGAAACAUGUUAGAGUCACAGAAGAUAAUGGUUCUGGAUUGACUACUGUUAACUCCAUUCUGGGUUGUGAAUCUCCCGCAAUGCAGAUUAUGAACCGAGAGAGUACGGAAGAAUGGAACUCCUCGGAUGACAUAACAAGAAAAAAGAAGAAAGACAAGAGCAGAUCACACUGGAUACAAUUGUUGUGUUGUUCAUCUGUCGAAACUCGGUGAAGGCGGAAGAUUGCUUGCUAUACUAUGCUAGGUGGUGAUGAUAACAUCUCAGUGAUUGCUUAGGUUCUUAAGCACAUAUUUGACUAUGAUUUUUGACAUGCUGUAUGCACUGUUAAAUGUUUUCGGUUAGAUUGCAUUUUAGGCACAUAUUUUGGUCAUUUCUCUUCAUCUUAGUUGCUAGCCUUAAUCCCAAGAGGCUGGAUGUAUAUUUUUAGGGUGUUCAGUUAUUAUUACGAUCUUACUGCAUAUCUUUUUACAUAUCA